CAGCGGAGCGUCUCAUCGCACGAGGAGAACACACCAAACUCAGCCAUGAAGUUCAGCUUGGCCCUGCUUGCCGUUGCCGGCAUCGCCACCUACGCCGAGGCCAUCAUCGUGCUGGGCACGACAGCUGCGGCCGGCACCACCACAGUGACGGCGGCCACGGCUGCCAACGCCGCCGCUCUGGCCGGCAUCGGAGGCCUCGUGCUCGGCGCCGGCAUCCUCGGUAUCGCCGUGCUCGCCUCGCGCCGCGGAAAGCGCUCCGUUGAGGACGGCGUCAAGGAGGAGGCCGUGUUCUCCCUCGUGUCGGCCUCCGACGCAUUCGGCUGCGCCCUCAAGCUGGUGUGCCUGCUGGAGGCCAAGGCGGAGGCUGACCUCACCGACGACGACUCCUUCAUCCUUAACAUCUUCGGCCGGGACCCGGAGGCUCCCAGCAUUGACAAGAUGAAGAGCACGCGCGGCGCCUACGACUACGCCGCCUUCAUGGGCUCCAAGUUCGGUCCGGACGCCUGCGAGCAGCUGUUCCACACGUGCGAAGCCAGCUACAAGGAUAUGAUCGCCUACGUGGCGCAGCUGCGCGCCUAAGUUCACCAGUUGGAGAGUGUCACGUGAUUUGUGACAAUGUCACGACUAUUUAUUGGCUCGACUGGUUUUGUGGAAGUUUCAGGGUUUUGCCUGUGCCACUGUAUCGCACCCAAACAUGCUUGCAGUGAUGCAAACGGUUUUGGGCGCUAAACAAACGCUUAAAUCCCCAAACUGUGAUGACGGUGACGAAGUGCGUAAGGUGUGUUCUGUGUUAAGCUGUCAUUCGUUUAUUAUUUUACUCCCCUAUGAGGAUAAUAUCUCCAGAAAUAUUUGAACAAAACGAAUGUGCAUUGCACUUUGCACGGCACUCAACAUUUUUUUUUGGGGGGGGCGGGCAUGCAUUGGCUUCAGAAGGCGCAGUUUUAAAACAGUGCCCCGCGAAAAGACAACAAGUUGCAAACCAUACUUCGAACUAUUCAUGCAUGAAAAUAAAUGUAUAACAGAUCUACAUA